AUGCCUGAUAGUGUCAAGAGAGUUCGCUGUAAAAUGGGUGACGAUCGUCCAUUCCCAUCACCACGACACACGCCCCUGAACCCAAUCAAGCUCCCCCAACCAAUCAAGCCCCCGUCGGAGAAGCCAAGUCCAUCAAGUCUUCCACUUCGGGGAGUUGAAAACAAGAAACCUGCGUUGACAGUUUUCCGACCUCCACUCAGCCCCUUGAAAUCUUCUAGACAGACGCAAGCCCGACCGUUUCGAAACGAGUUCACACCAAUGGCGGUGAUCACGAAUCUCGAACCGUUCAAAGUGUCGCCAACACAAACAACGACAGCUGGUGUCGGGAGCACUCCUACACCUUUACCCACAACACCUCGACUGACUUCGUCGCGUCCGGUUCCGCGGCCCUCACCGAUUGUUGGACACGUCAACGGUGCAGGGGGUUAG